AAGGGAUGGUCUCGCUCAAUGGCCACUGCGGUCCCGUGGACUUCCUGGCAGUGGCUUUCAGCACGCUGGCCCCCGAGGUCUUGAAGAGCGACAAAGAGGAUGAAGCGGCCAACGACGGAGGCGCAUUGAUGGACGAGGCGCACCCCAGUGCUCGUUCCUCCGACGUGCCUGCUCCAGACAGUUCCUCCUCCACCAGGGAAAUCCGUAAAAAGGGCAUCCUCCUGCAGUACCGGCUCCGAUCCACCACUCACCUGCCCGGGCAGUUGCUCUCCGUGAGGGACACGCCUUCACCGGCCGGCGGGAAUUCCUUCGAACACACCGAGGAAGACGGCUCCAUCUAUGAAAUGGCGGACGAUCCGGACAUUUGGGUGCGCAGCCGGCCGUGCGCCAAGGAGUCUCAUCGGAAGGAGAUCUCCUCCCUGGCUGUGAUUUCGGGAGGAAGGGGUUACCGCAACUUCAACGCCAACGGCCGGCCUCCGUCGAGCAGCGAAAGCGACAGUACAUUACUCCUCUGGCAGGUCCCGUUGAUUUUAUAGCGCCGUCGGGUUGCGCUUGUCC